AUGCAAUUCCAUGCCAUUCUGGAGUCGAGCGGUUCAGUUCUACUUUCAUCUCCUGCGCUCGAUCCAUUGUUGUUGGGCACUAUGAAGGCUGUCUCUCCAGACCUACGUAUCGCUGCACCAAAUGAAGGUGUCGCGUCACUCAUCGAAGGUAUCCAAAAAAUCGGAUUCAAGCCAAUGCUUGACACAUCUCAAGUCUCAUCGGAUUCCCUUUCCUCAUCGUAUCGAUACGGUUCUUCACUUAUUAACAGUGCCAUGACUCCACAACCCAUGUUGUCAGCAUUCGCAUAUCAAACAUUCGAACGUUUCGGCAUUCUCAUUACUAUCAUUCACGGUCAAUCAUCGUCAGUCAUCCCUAUUGUAUUAUCUCAACGUUCUUCCGUGGAUUGUCUCUUCGUCACUUCGGGAGGACUAUUUAUUGGUUAUCCCGCGUAUUUGAAAAAACACGUGGCAUAUACUCCCGCUAUCCAUGCACAAUCCCCUGCACUCCAAAAUGUCACCAACCGUGGAUAUGACGUUCAAUGCAAGAAUGAUAAGUGGAGCCAGCCUUGUGAUACCGAGUGUCCCACUCUCUGGCGUCGCAUGCAAGACGGUCAAUUCAUUCAAUGGGGGGACUAG